CCAUGUCAAGAAACGUUUCCAUGGUAGCACCCAUUUCGUAGCAUACAAUGUGGUCCGAACUUAGUAUUGGAUAUCUUCCAGUCGUGCAGAUAGGCCUUCAGACACUAUGCAUAAUAGCCGCUGGUCGCCUUGCCGCAUCGCGUGGGCUUUUCGACCCUGCAACAGUAUGUCGGACGCUAAAUCGAUUUGUUGUAGUUGUGUGCCUGCCAGCACUGCAAUUCUGGCUUCUGGCUAUCAAGACCGAUAUGCGGAACAUGGAGCACUGGCGGGCGGUGGGGGCCUUCACGCUGUGGACGCUGCUGGUGCAGCUGGCGAGCGCCGCCUGGGUCACCGUGUUUGAGGGGGGCAGGCUCAGCAGGGUGGCGCUGCACUCGCUGGUCCUGGCAGCCAACAAUACCGGCAUCCUGGCGCCCGUGGUGCUGGAGGCGGCGGUGGGGCCGGCGGCGGCGGCGGUGGGCAUGCUAGCCACCAUCGCGCUGUACUUCCAGCAGCUGCCCACC